CUCUUGUGGCUGACUCACAUGACCUGCGAAUCUGCACGCCCACCUUUCCGCCGAAAGGGACAACACUCCCCAUUUACACCCGCUUUGUCCUCUCCUUCAUGUUCACCUGCCUUUCGCAGUCGCCCUUCCUCUCGAGUCCUCGUGCAUGCACCGAAGACGACACAGUGGGCAUGCAUAGAUUUCCAUGUCACAACAAGGUUUUCUCACUCGAACAGCAUCCUUAGGUUUCUUUCCAUAUCGUCAGAGACCAACCAUUGCCUCAUAGAAACCAGGGCGCAUGAAUGGGCCCGUUGAUGACAUGACAACCGAAGUGCUAUGUGGUCCCUCUGCAACCAUACACAAGCUGAGCCAUAUGCAUACAGCUAUGAGGGCAUAUCUGUCUUAGGAAAACAUCACAUACAUAAUAGAGUAAACUAAUCCAAAUGGUGCCCAGCUUGCGCCAUUCCUCUCCUCCCCCUCUCUCCUUAAGCUUCUUUAUUUUGCUGAGAGAGAGAGAGAGAGAGAGAGAGAGAGAGAGAGAGAGAGAGAGAGAGGGAGCCAUGGAGCCUCACCACCACGCUUCGUGUUCCCAGGGGUUGACCCAGGAGGAGAUGGCAGCGCUGGAGCCGGUGAUCCGAACGCACCACACCUUCCCGGGGGCGCCGGGGACGUGCACCUCGCUCAUCACGCAGCGCAUCGACGCGCCCCUGCAAGCCGUGUGGCCCGUUGUCCGGCGGUUCGACAAGCCGCAGCGGUACAAGCACUUCAUCAAGAGCUGCAGCCUGGUCCACGGCGACGGCGGCGUCGGCAGCGUCAGGGAGGUCACCGUGGUGUCGGGCAUCCCGGCGUCGACGAGCGUCGAGCGGCUGGAGAUCCUGGACGACGACCGCCACAUCCUCAGCUUCAGCGUCAUGGGCGGCGAGCAUCGGCUCAAGAACUACCGGUCCGUCACGUCGGUCACUGAGUUCCACACGGAGGGCAAGGCCUACACCGUCGUCUUGGAGUCGUACGUGGUGGACAUCCCCGAGGGGAACACCGAGGAGGACACCAAGAUGUUCACCGACAUCGUCGUGAAGCUCAACUUGCAGAAGCUUGCGACGGUGGCGAUGGCCUCCUCGUGAGAUCACACACCUUCAAACUGUGGUUAGUUGGGCGAUGAUGAACAUGAACGAUUAUCCUCCUUUGUUUAACUCCAUUUCUAAUGGCUGCUGUACUCAGAAGAGAGGAGAGCAAGUGGGGAGGGUUCUUUAAUGACUGCUGCUGCUUUGUAUAUUCUAAGCCAUGGUGGUGGAUCGCUGUAUUAGUUUAAUGUCAACAUAUUAAGGAACGCUUCUGCCUUGUUUC